GCCAAGCGAUCACGGGGCCGAGCUAUUCCAAGCUGAGCCUGGCAUUAUUCGAGGAGACGGAACCGGCGAGCUGAAACUGUGCGUCUGUCCUGUGUAAUGAAAUUCCGCAGCCCCUUCCUACAUAAAAACCAUGGACUGGGCUUGCAUAAGUGCACGGGCUUCCUGUGAGAGAGCGAGAACGAGCGCCCGACCGGUGGAAUGAGGUCCCUCGGACUUAAAGGGACUGGAAGCAUCAUUUUGAACUGCUUGUAGAUUCCCCUUAUCAGAGAGGAAAUCAGCUGGAGAUUGGAGAGGAGGAGGGGGAAAGUACGUAAGAGAGGGGUUAAAGGAAGAGAGAGUGUGCGAGAUAGAAGCAAACGAAGGCAUGCAUGUGACGAGGAGAACUCAGCCGCGCUUGUGAGACGGGAGGGAGAAGAGAGGAACAGAGGGGAGAGAAGGCGGACAGAACGCGCGCGUGUGUGUAGUCUGAAAAGGAAGAAGGAGUGAAGAGAGGGGAGAGAAGACGGGGGGGGGGUGUUUUUGAGGGAGAGGACAGAAGGCAAACGAGGUGCGUGCUUGCCAAGUGAGGAGAGAAGACGGAGCGGGCAAUUUUGUAAAGAGGGGAAGGAGGGGAGAGGGAGUAUGUGAGAGGGGUGAAGAGAACAGUAGACGAGGUGCAUGUGUGUGAAGAAGGGAACGGGAGGGAGGUCAAGUCGGAGGGAGGAGUGUGAGAGAGAGGAAGAGAAGAGGUGCAUGCGUGUGUGAAAAGGGGAAGGCGAGAGGAGAGAGGGGGCCGAGGGAGUGUGGUUGUGGAGGGCGAUGGUCAGCUCCAGGUGAGCACUGUUCCCGUCUGUUCCCCAGCUGGGAUGGAGUGGGUUGCUGCCGCCGCGCUCCUCUGGACUGUCCGCGGCGCGUCUCAGCCGGACGCCGCCCCUGGGCUGGAAACGCUGACCAUUGCCGUGGUCCUGCCCCAGAACAACACUGCCUACCCCUGGACCUGGCAGCGGGUGGGCCCGGCCAUCCGCCUGGCCCGGGACGCCAUCAACCGCGACCCCGCCUUGCUGCCGGGCCACCGCCUCCGCUACGUCUUCGGCAACUGCGAGGACAACCAGGGCAUCUGCUCCGAGAGCAUCGCCCCGCUGGUGGCCAUGGAGCUCAAGUUCACCAAUGAUCCCGACGUCUUCGUGGGGCCGGGCUGCGUCUACGCGGCAGCCCCGGUGGCCCGCUUCACCGGCCACUGGAAGAUCCCAAUGGUGACGGCCGGAGCCCCGGCUUAUGGCUUCACCCAGAAGUCACGCGAGUACCCGCUGCUGACGAGGAGUGGGCCCUCGCACGGCAAACUGGGCGAGUACGUGGCCCACCUCCACCGGCGCUUCAACUGGACCAGGAGAGCCCUGAUCAUCUACAACGACGAGAAGGUCGACGACCGUCCCUGCUUCUUCGCCGUGGAGGGCCUCUACCAGGAGGUGCUGGCCUUCAAGAACCUAACCGUGGUCUACAUCCCCUUCAAGGAAAGCAAGACCGUCGACUACGACUACCUCAUCCAGGAGAUCAUACAGAAGGGCCGCAUCGUGUACGUCUGCUGCUCUCCCAACACCUUUCGCCAGCUGAUCCUGAACGCCAGGCGGGCAGGCAUGACGGGCGGGGACUUUGCCUUCUUCCACGUGGACGUAUUUGGGGAAAGCCUGCAGAGGGUGCCGCUGUUGCCGUGGAGACGUUGGGAUGAGGACGACCCUGAGAGCAAGGAGGCCUACGCGGCUGUGAUGAUUAUAACGUACAGGGAACCAGAAAACCCUGAGUACGGGCAAUUCGUACAGGACCUGAAACACUACGCUGCACAGUUCUUCAACUUCACCAUUGAGGAUACACUGAUGAAUUACAUUGCGGGCUCGUUCUACGAUGGCAUCAUGUUGUAUGCCCACGCUCUCAACGAGACGCUGGCACGAGGAGGCACGACCAGGGAUGCCCUAGCAAUCACUAAGCAGAUGUGGAAUCGAACCUUCCGAGGAGUGACAGGAUUUCUGAAGAUGGAUGAAAAUGGGGAUCGAGAGAAUGACUACUCACUCUGGGACAUGACUGACACGGAUUCUGGAACUUUCCAGGUGGUAGAGCACUACAACGGGACCGUGAAGAGGAUCCUGCCCGUCUCCGGGUUGGAGAUUCACUGGCCUGGGAACGUGGUGCCUGAGGACGUUCCUCACUGCGGCUUCGACAAUGAAAAUCCUGCCUGUCAGAAAGGAAGAGCAUUCUCGAUGCUUGAAGUCCUAUCCAUCAUCGUCAUUCUGAUUCUUCUCAUCAUUACAAGCAGCUCGAUUCUGGCCUACAGGAGGUUUCGGCUGGAGAAGGAGCUGGCCAGUGAGCUGUGGCGCAUCCGUUGGGAGGACAUCCAACUGAGUAACCUGGAGAAGAACCUCCGAAGUGCAGGCAGCAGGCUGACCCUCUCACUGCGAGGCUCAAACUUCGGUUCUUUCCUCUCGAAUGAAGGCCAGUACCAGGUUUAUGCCAAGACAGGAUAUUACAAGGGAAAUAUAGUGGCCAUUAAACACAUCAACCGGAGGAGAGUGGAGCUGACCCGGAAUGUCCUCUUCGAACUCAAGCACAUGAGGGAUGUGCAGAACGAGCAUCUGACGCGAUUCAUCGGGGUCUGCAUUGAUCUCCCGAACAUCUGCAUCGUCACAGAGUACUGCCCCCGGGGGAGUUUACAGGACAUUCUGGAAAAUGAGAGCAUUACCCUGGACUGGAUGUUCCGAUAUUCCCUGAUCAAUGACAUUGUCAAGGGAAUGGCGUUCCUCCACAACAGCGUCAUCGGUUGCCAUGGGAACCUCAAGUCCUCCAACUGCGUAGUGGACAGCAGAUUUGUGCUGAAGAUUGCAGACUAUGGACUGGCCACCUUCCGGUGCACGCUCAGCUCUGAGGACCAGCACUUGCUCUAUGCCAAGAAGCUGUGGACCGCCCCGGAGAUCCUGCGGAUGGAGAGUCCCUCCACGGGAACACAGAAGGGAGACGUGUACAGCUUCGGCAUCAUCCUGCAGGAGGUCGGACUCCGGAAGGGGCCCUUCUACAUCGAGAGCACGGAGCUGAGUCCCAAGGAAAUUAUCGAGAAGGUGAAGGGUCACCAGCGGCCCCCCUUCCGCCCAAGCACAGACACGAGCAUGGAGGAGAUCAGUCUGUUGAUGCAGCGCUGUUGGUCCGAGGAUGUCCUGGAGAGGCCCGACUUCAACCAGAUCAAAGACCUCCUGCGCAAACUCAACAGGGAGAACAGUUCCAACAUCCUGAACAACCUGCUGUCGAGGAUGGAGCAGUACGCCAACAACCUGGAGGAGUUGGUGGAGGACCGGACGCAGGCAUACCUGGAGGAGAAGCGGAAGGCCGAGGCACUGCUCUACCAGAUCCUGCCGCACUCGGUGGCCGAGCAGUUGAAGAGGGGCGAGACGGUCCAAGCAGAGGCAUUCGACAGUGUCACUAUCUACUUCAGCGACAUUGUGGGGUUCACGGCCAUGUCUGCGGAGAGCACUCCCAUGCAGGUGGUGACGUUACUCAAUGAUCUCUACACCUGCUUUGAUGCUAUUAUCGACAACUUUGAUGUUUACAAGGUGGAGACGAUUGGAGAUGCCUACAUGGUGGUGUCUGGCCUGCCGGAGCGGAAUGGGAAGCUCCAUGCCCGGGAAGUGGCCCGGAUGUCCCUCGCCCUGCUGGAGGCUGUCAAAACGUUCAAGACUCGCCAUCGGCCAGACCAGCAGCUGAGGCUCAGGAUUGGAAUCCAUACAGGGCCAGUGUGCGCAGGUGUGGUGGGGUUAAAGAUGCCUCGCUAUUGCCUGUUUGGGGACACGGUGAACACGGCCUCUCGCAUGGAGUCCAACGGCGAAGCCCUGAAGAUCCACAUUUCCUCCGCCACAAAGGAUGUGCUGGAACAGUUCAGCUGUUUUGUGGUUGAUUUGCGAGGCGAUAUUGAAAUGAAGGGGAAAGGGAAGAUGAGAACGUACUGGCUGCUGGGAGAGCGCCCUGCCAGUGGCCAAGGCUGAGAGCUCGCUGCCUCUUCCCCACCCCCCCCACCACCCUCCCUCCGCCUCUGGGUCUCACACAGCCUGUGACUGGGAAUCUCGGUGUUAUGGGGAGCCCGUCUCUGUGCCCCAUCUCAGGAGUGCAGUUGGUACUGCUCUGGGGCAGAAGGCACAGAUGCCCCUCCGUUCAAUUCUGACUCUCUCAGACUCAUCAUUGUCGUCGUGGCUCUACGUGUGUUGGUCAGGCAUUCGCAACUGUCGACGAGUGGAUCCUGUUUGCUUUUGUUGAUAUUAAAACCAGCGAAAUGAAUCUGUCAACAAGGUGUGUCACAGCCUCUCUAUCACCACCCAGCACACCUGUGUUAUCACACUCUCUUCUCACCUUGUUCUCAAACUCCUCCUGUGCCCAUGUCUCCAUUCUCCAAUUCCCAUCCUUUCUCAAAGCCAGCUAUUUCUCCCCACAACUCUCCCCAACACAUCCACAACUCUCUCCCACCUACCCCCACAACUCUCCCACCUACCCCCACAACUCUCCCCAACACAUCCACAACUUUCUCCCACAUCUUCCCACAACUGUCUCCCACCUACCCCCACAACUCUCUCCCACGUACGCCCACAACAUUCUCCCAGAUACCCGGACAACUCUCUCUCACAAAUCCCCUCAACUCUCUCCCACCUACCCCCACAACUCUCUCCUACCUAUCCCCACAACUCUCUCCCACAUACCCCCAAAAUUCUCUCCUAUAUACCCCCACAAGUCUCUCCCACUUACCUCCACAACUCACUCCAACAUACCCCCAGAAUUCUCUUCUACAUACCCUCACAAUCUCACCCACAUACCCACACAACUCCCUCCCACUGAUCCCCAAGACUCUCUCACAUAAUCCUACAACUCUACUACACAUACCCCCAUCACAAUCUCCCAAAUACCCCCACAAUUCUCUCCCAAAUACUGCCAGAACUCUCACCCAACAACUCUCUCCCAUAUACCACGACAACUCUCUUCCACAUUCCCACACAACUCUCCGAUUUACCCCACAACUCUCUCCCACAUGCGCCAACAAAUCAUCUCCUCAUUACCCACAACUCUUGUCCAAAUACCCCCACAACUUUCUCCCCCAUAUACCUCACAGCUCUCUCCUAAAUACCCCUCAAAUCUUCCCCACAUACUCCCACAAAUGUUGUCCAAAUAGCCCCACACCUCUCUCACUUAACACCACAACUCACUCCCAUAUAAACCCAUAACUCCCUCCCACAUACCCUCAGAAAUCUCUCCCACAAAACCCCACACUCUCCAACAGACCCCCACAACUUUCUGCCACAUACCUCUACAAACCACUCGCACAUAUCCCCACAAUUGUCUCACAAUCUCCCACAAUUCUCUCCCAUAUACCCCACAACUCACUCCACCAUACCCUUACAAUUCUCUACUCCCACAACUCCUUCCCACAGACCCCCACAACCAUCUCCCACAUUCCCCAGCAACACCCUCCUCCAUUGCCCCACAAUUCUUUCCAUCAUUCCCCAAAAUUCUCUCCCACAUCUCCAUCUCUCUUCCAUAUACCUCUCAACUCUCUCCUACAUGCCCCCAUAAAACUCUGACAUAACCCCAAAACUCUCUCCCAGAUACCCUCACAACAGUCUCCCAAAUGCCCCAACUCCCUCCACACAUCCCCACAAUCUCCCACAUACCCCCACAACCCCUCCCACAUACCCCCACAACCCCUCCCAUAUAGCCCCACAACAAUCUUGCACAUACCCCCACAACAAUCUCCCACAUACCUCCACAAUGAUCUCCCACAUACCCCCACAACCCCUCCCAUAUACCCCCACAACAAUCUCCCACAUACCCCCACAACCCGCUCUCACAUACCUUCACAACUCUCUCAUAUACCCCUACAGCUCUGUCCCACAUACUCCAACAAUGCUCUGCCACAUACCUCAACAAUUCCCUCCCUCAACUCCUCAAAUCUCUCCCAAAUACCCCAACUCUUCCACAUAUUUCCACAAUUCACACCCACUUACCCCAACUCUCUCCCCCAUUGCCCACAGUUCCUUCUGCCAUUCCCCCACAACUCUCUCCCACAUUCCCAACAGUCCCCCAUAUCCCCCCACAACACUUUCCUGCAUACUCCCACCACUCUCUCCUAGAAACCCCUGCAAACCACAUACCCCGUCAACUCCCUCUCACAAAUCCCCACAACUCUCUCCAACACACCCUUGGGCUGAGGAGGAGGAAGGUUAGUGCGAGCUAAGUCCUUGCAGCAGAGGGAGAAGAGAGGUGGGGAAUAGCAAGCAGACGAGGCAAGAGGUUUGGAGCCACCCACUUGUGAUUGGGAGGGGGCACAGGGGUCAACAGGAGAUUGGGGGCUAGCUGAAAGUUGUUGGUUUUGGCCUAUGGUGCUCUUUGGAAUUGAGGGGUCAGUAGUUUAGAACCACAUGUAGGGGGAUGUGAAAUAUAGAUUUCGACCCAUGAUAUUGUGGGAAGUACCUAAAAGCACAAGAGAUUCGGCGGAUGUUGGAAUGCUAGAGCCACAUACACAAAAUGCUGGAGGAAUUCAGCAAGUCAGGCAGCAUCUAUGGAGAGGAAGGUUCUCAGCCGGAAACAUCGACGGCUUAUUCCUCUCCAUAGAUGCAGCCUGACCUGCUGAGAUCUUUCAGCACGUUGUGUGUUAAACUAGUAUUUAAAUGCCUACGCAGGGUCCAUAUCCAUCCAUUCUCCACACGUUCUUGUGCCUAGGAGCCUCAAGCAGCUUGUCAUAUCUGCUUUCUCUGUAUUUUUUGCAAAUAAAACAAAGUGAAGCAUUUUAAGUUUAAGAAAA